GGAAAUGUACCUGCUGCCCCUGGGCCCACCGUGCGGAGGAAGACACCUCUACAUACCCACCGAGGUCUGUAAUCCUUAGCAGCCGCCUCAUCAUAAGAGUCUAUCAAGAACCGCUGAAAAAAAAAAAAGCAACGUACUUUCAAGGAAAUCAUUCCAGCGCAUCUCUGCACACGCUUCACUCCCUCGUAUCAGCCAAAGUUGAAUUUUAAUCUCAUAUCUUCCAAACACUCCUACAGUGCUGCGGCUGCGGUUAUCCAACGUCUUGCUUUGGGAGAUAGAUGGUGAACGGUGAGAAUUAAGGUGGCCAGUCACUCGCACAAUUUGCCCAGUCGCAUUCACAUUUGGAUCAAUGACAGCUUGAUGAUUAAUCAACGUUCGCAAGCGCUCUCGUCGGAUGAGCAUAAACCCAGGCAGGACUGUCUCUAUAGGGAUCCAAAAAACCAACAGAAAGUAUCUCGGCGUUCGAGUAUGGUUGCACGGGGUAGAGGCCACCUUCAGUGGGUAAGGCAUUUGUCCAAAGAACAAUGCCGGCUAUCGCCCGAUAGCGAUGACCAUCCUUCCAAUAUUUUCGAGCCGUGGAGAGCAGUUAGCAGACAAUUGCCGGACACUGCCACCUACGAGGAGGCAAUGGAACAGCCCUCUUCACGGAUACACUUAUCACGCAGUGAAGACCGCUUGAAGGCCUGUGACUGUCCGUCUCCGGAGCAAGGACCCCUUUGUGUGGCCCCGUCAGUCGUCACAACAAUCACUGGUGGUGACAUUGCCAUCCCAGCUCAGAAGACCAGCCUGCUCAGCAGAAUUAUGAAAUGGGCAAAUUGGUUAGAGAAGCAGGCUAUCAUACACGACUCUCAUACAUCAUCAAGUGGCCUGCAUCUGAUAAUGGGCGCCGGGGACCGUCCCACCACAUCACCAAACCGAAACGGAACCAUCGUCACUAUUCAUUCCUCCUCUACAAUAGUGGCCGAAGACGAACUACUUCCCGGCACUAUUGGCAAAAUAAUUUCUCGAAGAUCCACUCAUUCGCUACUAUCCACUCAUUCGUUACUGUCCGAUACUGGCUCGUUCUCAGUACCUCCCUCUGUGUGCUCAUCUGAGCGAGGAAACCGAAAUCGUAUCGAAGUACUAGAAACGAAGAGAUAUUCCCUGAUUUGCCGAAGGGAAUCUAUAGAGAAAGCCAUCUACGAUUUAAUGUGGCCUUCGGGGCCAUGCCCUGGCCCUUAUGACAUGAACGCGAGAGAAGAGGUAAAGAAGACUACCGCCAGACUUAGCUCCGAGCUGGCUGAUAUCAGGAGAGAGGAGCAUAAUGUCGGCUUGAAGCUGUUCCGAGCGUUGAAGAGCCGGGACGAAGCAGAUUAUUGUGGUAGUGGAAGCACAAGCCUGUGGGUUAGUCGAGUCACUCGUUAAACUCAUCUCUCUGAUAUACACCAUCGGCCAUUCUGUUUGCUGUCUUGCUAUGUCCACCAAAUAUUUGCUUAGUCAACAUUCGAUCUUUAGUUAUUUCUUUCCUUUUAGUAUAAUUGCAGUAACGACACUCCAUCAGUACCGACCUAUACUAGUAUUUGAUUUCUUUGCGGUCAGCUUUUGGCAAGAAUAGUAUGAGAUAUUAAAGCAUCUAGGAACCAUUAUAUAUAUAUUAAUGGGAACAACUGCUUAAAAUUCUCUAAUCAUGGGAGCCACGAACCGGAU